AAACCCAAGUGUUUUUCCGGUAUGCAGGUUAUAACAGGUUUUAACUUAUGCACACAUUAAGGGACAUUGUUAGGAUUUUCUUGUCUUUGAAGCAGUCGCAACAACAAUCCGUUUCCACGGAAUCGGUGUGGAAACAAGAAGGGAAAAAGGAUCUAAAUUACACGAUCGGCAAAGUACGGUGAAUGCCUAACGAAUAAUUACCAAUCAACAAUGAUACAUGAAAGUCCGAAAUUAAACCAAAUGAGGAAACAAAUGGAAUAAAAACGUGGCUCGCCUUUGACGCUUACUGAGAAAUCGAAAGGACUUAACCAAGCCUGUGAAUGGAAAGUAAAGCGCAGAGUUCGACGACCAUGGGAAAUAGUUACGAGAGAGCUUUGAAACGCGAUGAAAGAAGAAUCGUUUUUUCAGUGGACAAACUGUUUGGAAUUUAGCCUUCAAAUGGCUUAGUAAACCGAAAUUUAAUACCAACGACAUGGAAGUGCUCGAAGAUUCUUCGAGAUGUUUAAAACCUGUUACGACAGGUUAUAAGCAGGCCAGUCAUAUUAUAUUCGUUCGGCUUCCUUAUUGUUUUCAAAUUAGCAAACAUACAUAAAUUUCGUCUGUCCUAAAGCAAUGACAGCAUGACAUUUUCAGAGAAGCCAUGACAAUAGCUACAACAGGAACUUUCACGCGACUAUGGUUUUAUAGUAAAGCUGCGCUGAUGGUUCGCCUCGACCAUAUUUGACAUAUAAAACGUUCGCAAGGAACGAAAAUCGGAGUGCGCGCGUGUGUACGUGAGACUACGUCUAGCGAGUUUUGAAUAUUUAUCUAAUCCACAGUUUAGUUUGUAUGCGAUGCAUGUCUCCGGAUAAUUGUCGCUUACAAGUCGGUGAAACCGCAACUAUAGAGGCCUUGAUUGACUGUUUGAAGACGACACUCAUCUGUAGUUGAAUAAACCCUCCAGAAAAACGGCAAACGAUUUUGGUUGCACCCUUUAAAGUAUUUGGGUUUUUUCGAUGUUAUAUUUCUCUUAUGCAUGUAGAAUUGACAGUAAAACGUCUGUAAAACGUUUCCAUGGGAACGAUGACGUCACUGCAUGAUUUUCUUGUGCACGAUUAAUUCAUGAAACUCAUAUCAAUAAGAGAGGAUCAAUAAUAAGAGAGGAUCUUCGAUUACUGUCAUUACUUACGUGCCAUGUCUGACGAUAAGAACAUGGGUGAAUUCAGUAGGGACAAUCUUGAACAAUUAAUUGCUAAUCUAUGCGAGCUAAAGCCAAUAACUGCCAGACUGAGAGAAACUGUAUCACGCAUCGAAGAGAAGAUGGAAAGAUAUUUUGUUAAUCUUGGGAUUUUGGCAAAAGAUUUCGAUGCGAUUACCAGAGAUAAUAUCGAGUCAGAGGACGUUAAAAAUCACGAGCUCUAUGAUAAAGUUAAAAAACUUCAAGAAGAGAUCACGCAAUGUGAUAACCAUAUCAGAGAGCUGGAAGCAGUCUUGGCCAGCAGUGAAAAUGAGCUGGCUUUGAAGGUUAACGAGAUGAGGCUGCAGAGUUCCAACAUUAAAAUUGACAAAAAUAUAUUGGAAGAAAACAAGAAUCUCAGAGAUCGUUUGGAACAUGAAAAUUACCAGCCUACAGAACGUCAAGAUGCUUCUGGUGGCCAAACAGUUGAGAAUGCUGUUGUUGAAGAACAGAUUUCGAAUGAGCAGGAAGUUCAAGCUUUGCAAACACAAGUUGCUGAGCAAGGCAGUGAGAUUGUCAAGUUAAAAAACGCCUUGAAGAACUACGAAGCAAAUUUCAAGAGUGAAAACGAAGAAAAGGAAAAGAUCAAGAAACAACUGCACGAAUCAAACCAAGAGUGUGAACGUCUGACACGUGAGAAUCAAUCACACUUGGAUGAAAUACACCGGUUUGAAAGUGAAAAAAAAGACCUUAAUGAAAGGGUUACAGCUCAGCAGAAUGAAAUUUUGGAGCAUGAAAAUCGUGUCAAAGCGUUAGAAGCAAUAUUGGCCGAUCUUUCAAGAAUAAUUCACAAUCUCCUGAUGAAGAACAAGGAGAGCAGCAUUUUUUGUAAAAAGUUGCUGGAUUCACGCCAAAAGCUCUUUCGUGCCUCUGAGACCCACCAACCGGGAAAUCCUUUACCCGAACUUGAUCAAGGAAAUGAACGAUCAACUCAAUUAAACCAAGAAUGUGAACGCCUCAGACGCGAAAAACAAAGAAACAUAGAAACGAUAAGGAGGAUGAACGAAAUGUUAGACGAAAGAAACGAGACAAUCGAUGAAUUCUGCGCACAGGUUUCUGCAAAAGAAGACACGAUGGCCGCAAUGAAAGACCGUCUAAAGACGUGCGAGGCUGAUUUUAAGAAUGAGCACGAAGAGAAGGAAAAGAUCCAGAGACAAUUGAAUGAAUCAAACCAAGAAAGCGAACGUCUCAGACGUGAAAAUCAAUCACACAUGGCGACUGUACGACAUUUUAAAAGUGAAAUUGAAGGAAUGAAAAAACUUUUAAAUGAGAAAAACAAGAGUAAACCGAACAUUGGCUUUCCAUUUGGUCAACCGGUUGGUUCAAGUGUGCCUCAAAGUUUCUUUCGAGAUCGAAGACAAUCACCACAAACUCUGAUGAUUAAAUGCUCGUAUUGUUCAAGAAGUUACCCUUACCAUUUGUUUGAAGGUCACGUACAAGAUUGUAUGGAGGAUAGUCUCUACAUGGACGACUAAUCUAGGCUUAUGAUAAGGGCAGUGUAAGGCCAGUGUCCCAAGGAGAACAUUUAAUCCAACAAAAUCAUCUCAUACUCUGUCCUUACAAUAAUGAUUUGUAAAUAUCCUUAAUAAUUUGUAA